GAACCUACAGCAGUUCGCGUUCAGUUUGCGUUCUUCUUGACGCUGGAGCAGGAUGGAUUAUCGAACCGACCAAGUGUCCAUGAACCCAAACAGCUACCCGAACCAGGGAAUGAAUACCCAGGCGGUGACCACCACUGUCGUUAACGUGGCCCCGAAUGUGACUUCGGUCCGUGACCACUUCCUUUGGUCCAUCUUCAACUUCGCUUUCAUGAACUUCUGCUGCCUGGGCUUCGUGGCGAUGGUCUUCUCAGUCAAAUCCAGAGAUCGGAAGGUUGUGGGAGACGUGGAAGGAGCUCGGCACUAUGCGUCAACAGCCCGAACACUCAACAUUGUAACGACAGUGCUGAGCGUCCUUGUUCUGGUGAUUUGCUUUGCGAUGCUAAUUGCUGGCACGUUUCGUAUAUCGCGAACAGACAACCACUGGAAAAACUCUAAUGAUUGACAUUGAAGCGAUGCUGGCAGUUCCAAUGGCAGAAGCUGUUUCCUUAUAGAAUUAUUUUCAACAUUUCCUAUACUUUUAUUAUACCGCCGCUACUUUCUUUCUAUGAUGUUUAUCUGUCGCUGACAUUUUUCGAUGCGAUCACCUUACAGUGAUACAGAUUAUUCUUGCAAAAUUUGGCCAAAAAGUGGCCUUCAUUGUAUUAAUAAAGCAAUUUAUAAAAGUU